GGACGAGUGAAGUUGUUUAUAUUGUUAUUUAUAAAAAUAAAAUGAAUGUUAAUUAAUAAUUUUAUUCAAGAUGUUAAUAAUAAAAAGGAAUAUGUCAAUAACGUUACUGCUCCUCUACGUUGUCGGGCUGUCGUCUUCCGUUCCGUUAGAACUGACGUCGUGUAAGGGUUUACACGACGUCAGUUCUAAUGAAAAAUGUGGAUACGAGAGUUGUACCAAAGUGAAUCAAGAUAUGCUGAACGUGCAUAUCGUCCCCCACACGCACGAUGACGUCGGCUGGCUGAAGACCGUGGACCAGUAUUAUUAUGGGAGUCGUAACAAUAUUCAAAAGGCUGGAGUACAAUACAUAUUAGAUUCUGUGGUUAAGGAGCUAUGGCAGGAUCCCAAGAGGAGAUUCAUCUAUGUAGAGACGGCCUUCUUUUGGAUGUGGUGGGUACGCCAAGGUGACGAUGUACGUCACAAGGUCCAUACCCUAGUACGACAGGGUCGGUUACAGUUUGUAGGGGGCGCGUGGAGUAUGAACGACGAAGCUGCGUCACACUACCAAAGUACUAUCGAUCAAUUUACUUGGGGUUUGAAAAAACUGAAUGAAACAUUCGGUCCAUGUGCGACACCACGUGUGGGAUGGCAGAUAGAUCCAUUCGGUCAUUCUCGCGAGUUCGCAUCCUUGCUCGCGGCUAUGGGAUACGACGGUCUAUUUCUAGGCAGGAUAGACUACCAGGAUAAACGAGCGAGGCUGUCGCAAAAACGUAUGGAAAUGCUAUGGAGGGGAGAUGAUGAUUUAGGUAAUUCCUCGGACAUUUUCACGGGAGCACUUUACAACACGUACUCCCCUCCACCGGGCUUCUGUUUCGACGUACUCUGCGAUGACGAACCGAUUAUUGACGAUCCGAAUUCGCCCAUGUUCAAUGUCGAAGCGAGGAUAGACACGUUCGUCAAAUACGUGUUAGAACAGAGUAAUAAGUUCAGGACAAAUAACGUUAUCAUUACAAUGGGGGGUGAUUUCACGUACCAGGACGCUGUCAUGUGGUAUAGUAAUCUAGACAAACUUAUCGAAUAUACAAAUAUAAAAUCAGCACACGAUGGCUUAAACAUAAAACUGUUCUAUUCAACACCGGAUUGCUAUUUAAAAGCGGUGAAAGAUUCUAAUCCGAUCCUACCAACAAAACAAGAUGACUUCUUCCCCUACGCGAGCGACCCCACAGCGUACUGGACCGGAUACUUCACCUCCCGACCGACUACCAAGUUUUUCGAGCGCCAGGGAAACCGUUUCCUACAGAUGGUGAAGCAUUUGCAAAUCCUAGGAGGUCUGGAGGAACACAACAAAUUCGUGCUGAACGAAUUAAAGAGUGCUAUGGGUGUAAUGCAACACCACGACGCAAUAACGGGCACUGAGAAGCAACACGUCGCGCAUGACUACGAGAGGCUCUUGGACGUCGCCAUAGAGGACGCUCUCUUCGUAGCGAGGCAGGCUUUCAAUAAAAUUGCACAAAGGGACGCCCUGAAGCCGCCACUCCUCAGCUACGAUAGAUGUCGCUUCAAUGAAUCGAGUUGUCACACGAGUGAAACAAGUCGACAGUUUGUGGUAACAAUAUACAACCCGUUGGGGUGGAUGGUGAUGGAACCGAUACACAUACCAGUAUUAAACGCAACUUACGAAGUUUACGCGCCAAAUGGCGAAAAAAUAACAUCACAAUUAAUAGACAUACCGGAACCUGUAAAAAAAAUACCAACGAGAAAGUCGGGAGCGACUCACGAAUUAGUUUUCAUAGCCAAGCUACAUCCGCUCGGAGUGAAAUCGUUUUACGUUAAAAAGAUAACGAAAAAAUCUAAAAGGGACGUUAUAUCGAAAACGAAUGAUUACUACGGUAAUAUAAAUGAUUACUGGAAGAAUUUACACGAUAACUUCGUUGAAAUACACAAUUUAGAUGACGGAAAAGAUUAUAAGAUAAAAGAAGAACAAAUUCCUCUACCGAUAUCAAGAGUUGACACUAAAAUUAAUAUUGAAAAAGGCAUAAAUGUCGAUAUAUUGAAAGAUAAAGAUGACAAUAGUAACGUUAAAGAAUUGGAAAGAAUUAUAAAAGAAGCUAAAACGGAGACGGUUGGCAGAGCGAGGAGCUUAGACAAGAAGCGGAAUUAUCCAAUUCUCAAUGAAGAAGAAUUGAGAAUGUUGGCUGAUGAGCCGACGGUCGUUGAACGUAUGGAUGAAGACUAUUUGGAAAACGAGUACAUGAAGAUACGUAUCGACAACACGGGCGUUACACACAUGAUCCUACCAGACAGGACGACGAAUCUGAAAGUUCAGCUGUUCUACUGGACCGGUUGCUUUGGCAACAACACGAACACAUCCGAGCGAUCGUCCGGCGCUUACAUCUUCAGACCUCAAACCACAGUACCCUACUCUAUGACCUACAGGAACACGGGUACGGUUAAAGGCGAAAUCGUUCAAGAGUUUCGUGCGGAAACAAAAGAAAACGCAGCGAGCGUUCUCAGACUAUAUAACGGUCUCAAUUAUUUUGUUCACGAUUUCGUCGUCGGCCCUAUUCCAGUUGAUGAUAAAGUUGGUAAAGAAUACGUGGUGAGGUAUAACACGAACGUCGUCAACAACGGCGAGUUCUACACGGACUCGAAUGGGAGGCAAAUGUUGAAACGGAAGCUGAACGAACGUCCACAGUGGAAUCUGACACUAGAGGAACCGAUCGCUGGCAAUUAUUAUCCAGUAACGAAUAAAAUAUCAAUACAAGACGAUCAAUCUAGGAUAUCAAUAUUGACGGAUAGAUCUGAAGGCGGAUCCUCGUUGGAAGAAGGUAGUAUUGAACUGAUGCUCCAUAGGCGUCUGUUACACGAUGACGCGUUUGGGGUUGGUGAAGCGCUGAAUGAAGUGGCUCAAGGCGUAGGGCUAGUGAUGCGUGGGCAACAUAAAAUACUGAACCACAAUCCAGAUAAUCAUAUGGAACUGAUUGCAGAGAGAAAACUGGUUAUACAAACACAUUUACAGCCAAUAGUAUUCGUAUCUAAUGCUGAUAAUAUUAAAUUGGACGCAUGGAUGAAAUUAGACAAUUGCUUCAAAGGUAUGAAGGAACUGCCGAAUGGAUUGCACCUGCUAACUCUAGAACCUUGGACGCAGGAUUCAUUGCUAUUAAGAUUCGAGAAUUAUAUCGAUAAAUCUAAUAAUUCGACGCUACAAGUAGAUUUAUCUGAAGUUUUUAAUAAUAUCAAAAUUAUAUCGAUUAAAGAAACAACACUAGCGGCUAAUCAGUGGUUGGGAGAUGUUGAAAAGUGGACUUGGAGAACUGAAAAUGAAUUUUCUGAAAGUUUCAACUUUGAAUAUAAUAAUUUCAAUUCUGUACCCAGAGCUAGGAAUGUUGAUGAAGUAGCUGCUGACGAUGGAUUGAAGAUUAAAAUUAAAGCGAAACAAAUAAGGACUUUUAUCGCGAAAUAUGAAUUGAUCGCUUCGUAAUUGCAUAUUAAAUGUAUCGAGUAAUGUACAUAUGUAUGAAAUAAAUAUAUUUAA